AUGCUUGAGAGGAUGUUCAAGAAGAAAGUCUAUUCAAAAUGCAAAGCUUAUGCGAGAUUAACAAGGACGAGAUUAGAGACCAUACGGAAGAAGAGGAACGCAGUUGAGAAGUUUCUUAAGAAGGACAUUGUAGACCUUCUUAGCAGCAACCUUGACUACAAUGCAUAUGGAAGGGCUGAGGGGCUUUUGGUGGAGCAGAAUUUGUCAUCUUGCUAUGAACUAAUUGAAAAAUACAUUGAAUGCAUUUUGGAUCAUGCUAAAGAACUUUAUGAUCAGGGAGAUUGCCCUGAGGAAUGCAAGGAAGCUAUACCUUCAUUGAUAUAUGCUGCAGCAAGGUUUUCUGAUCUGCCAGAACUGCGCGACCUCAGAACUUUGUUUACAGCCAAAUAUGGUGCUUCCCUUGAACCAUACCUAAGUAAAGAGUUUGUUAAAAAGUUGAGGAAAGAUCCCCCUUCAAAGGAAAUGAAGAUUCAGUUAUUGAGUGAUUUAGCAGAAGAGUUCUCUAUACGAUUUGAUAGCAAGGCUUUAGAACAAAAACUUCAAUCACUACCACCACUUUCUGUGUCACAUGAAGGAAAGGCAAAAGAUGAUGCAGGAAAUAAUGAUACUGAGAAGAGUAAUGAUGGCAGCAAAAUCUCUAAUAAUAAGGGUUCGGAUGAAGAUGGUAGCAACAAGAGGAGGACAUUGUCCUUUAAUGUUGUACCACCACCUUAUUAUGUGACAGAAAAAAACAAUGCAGAAAACAUCAUGGUGUAUAAUAAUGUAGCAACGAGUGAAAAGGAUUCAUCAAAGCCAAAACCAAGAUCAAUGAGGAGGAUCAAGCCUAAUCCGCCACCGUAUGAUAAUGGGCAGAGCAUGAUAAGAAGAACGAUAUCGGAUUCAUGUGACACUAAAACAGAAACAACAACAACUACUUCAAAUUCAGUGGGAAGAUCAACUUCUUUGAGUUCUCAUCCAAGGCUACCCGAUUAUGAUGACAUUUCUGCUCGUCUUGCAGCUCUUAGACGCGCACAUAACCAUUAG